AUGGACAGAGGUAAGGGUGCUGCGACUGAGUCCUCCGGUGGUAUGAGAGAGUUUUGCAAAUGGACUGAGGACAUGGAUGCAAGGCUUUUGCAUUCAAUGGUUGAGGAGAAUUGUUUGGGUAACAGAGUUGAUGGCAGCUGGACAACCCAAGCGUAUAAUAAUAUGGGUCAAUACCUUCAUAACUCAGGUUAUGUUCAUGUUAGUAAAACUAAUGUAAAAAAUCAUCAAAAGGUAUUGAAAGAUAGAUGGCGUGAGGUUCAUGACCUCUUUGGUGCAUUGAGUGGUUUUGCUUGGAACGUCGUCACUCUGAGGUUUGAGGCUGAAGACGAAGUCUGGGCUGACCUCGUUCAGUCGAGGCUAGUUGCAUCAAAGUGGAGAGUUACCAGCAUAAGACAUUAUGAUUUGAUGAUGGAGUUAUGGGCUGUUGAUAGAGCUAUUGGGAGUGAUCCUGACUGGACGGGGUAUGGAGACCCAACUCUGCCAUCGCCUCCUUCAUCGGUAGAUGAAUAUAGUCCAGGGAACACUCAGUUUGUGCCUUCCGUUCCAUCCAGUGGAACUUCAUCCUCUAGAGGCUCCAAGAGGAAGGCAUCCAUGGUCGAUGUCAUUGAUUCCCAUUUUGAAAGGAUGUCGACCAGUCUGGAGGGUUUCACGAAUGCCCUUACCUCUUCAAAUGUGCAUUUCGGGGUCAUUUCUAAUGCAGUCGUAGAACAAGUCUCAACGAUAAAAGAGAGGAAUGAAAUAUUACGUUCCCAAACCGAGGUUCUUCGUCGGACCCAAAACUACACAUAUACAGAAUCUAACAUUUAUGAUAUGCUGAGUGGGAUGCACAUAUCUGAUGAAUCUUUGCUAGAGCAAUGCUAUGACUUCUUGUGUGCAAACCCCACAUGUGUGAAGAAGUUGAUGGGACUUCCACCGCAUAAGCGGUGGAAUAAAUUAUGUAAAAUGAUAUCGAGGAGAGAUUUUUAG